AUGCUUGGUUCUGUGUUUCUGGCCUUAAGCGGCCUGAUGCUGCAGUUAGUCGAUGGGGAGCUAGAUUACACCUCCCAGGGACAGGGGAUGCAGCUUCAGGGUGACUUCUCCAUCGCUGGAUUCUUUCCUCUCCACUAUAUCGAUCAGCAAAGUACUCAUUUGCCUGCUUUGCUUCCAACCAAUGAAGGUGAAGCCAACAAACAUGGAUUUCACAUGAUGCAAGCCAUGAGGUUUGCCGUGGAGGAAAUCAACAACGCCAGCGGACCGCAGUCUCUUUUACCAGGAGUGAAGCUUGGCUACCAGAUCUACGACGUCUCCUCGAAGUCGUACGGUAUCCUGGCAGCUCUGGACCUGUUGGAGCAGCAGUCCCAGAAUCCUUCUGUGUCCAGCUCAGAGGGAGAAACAAGCACAAACUCCAGCAAAGCUCAAAGAACAUUGGCUGUUAUUGGGCCAGACAGCAGCAGCAAAACGUUCACCCCUGCUUCUUUGCUGGGGGCCUAUCUUGUACCACAGAUCUCCUAUGAAGCAUCAAAUGAAAUGCUGAGCAACAAGUUCCUCUAUCCAUCCUUCUUCCGCACAAUCCCCAGCGACAAGAACCAGGUGAAAGCCAUGCUCCAGAUCCUGGCUCGCUUUAACUGGACUUGGAUCGCUCUCCUGGGCAGCGACAACGCCUAUGGACUGGAGGGGAUGCAGACUCUAGCCAAGCAUGCAUCAGAGUACGGCAUCUGCAUCGCCUACCAAGGAGUCAUCCCCGCCUACAGAGCUGAAACAGUCCAGGUCAUGAGGAACGUGGUGGAGAACCUCCUGACAAUCAAAGUCAAUGUCAUUGUGGUGUUCUCCAGCAAGACCAAACUCAACAAGUUCAUGCCAUUCGUCCUGGAGCGGAACAUCACGGACAAGGUGUGGAUCGGGACGGAGGACUGGUCAGCAUCUUCUCUCAUAUCUGGAAUACCUGGGAUCCAAACCAUCGGCACCGUGAUUGGCGUGUCCGUCAAGUAUGUGGCCUUUUCUGGUUUUGAGGAGUUCGAGCGAAGGGCGUUUGAAGCUUCUAUGCAGCACAGCCAGGAAGACUCUGGGCGUCCCACGAAUGAAGGCAACAUCUGUCUGCAGAGCACAGACCUGUACAGCCUCGCCAGAAGGAAUUUCUCUCUGGAGAAAUACGACAUCACCUCUUCCUUUAACGUGUACACGGCGGUCUAUGCUGUGGCUCACGCGCUGCACCAAACACUUGGUUGUGACUCUGGAGAAUGCAGCAAGAGACACGUGCAUCCGUGGGAGCUUCUGUAUUGGCUGAAGCAGGUGCGGUUCUCUCUGAAGAACACCUCUGUGUACUUUGAUGUGAACGGUGACCCACCAACGGGGUACGAUAUUAUUUCCUGGGUUUGGAGGGGGAACGACUGGUCCAUCAGGAUCGUCGGCUCCUUUGCACCGGAUCCCAUUUCGCUCACGGUGGACGCUGAUCAGAUCGAGUGGUUCAGCAGAGGAGACUCAAGAAAAGUGCCGCAGUCCAUCUGCUCUGCUCCCUGCCCGAGAGGCCACAAGAAGCUGCUGACAGGGCAAAACACAUGCUGCUUCGACUGCCAGGCCUGUCCUGCUGCCACGUUCCUCAAUAAAAGUGAACCAACAAUAUGCCAGCCAUGUCUGCGGGAGCAGUGGGCCCCACCGAGGAGCGAGGAGUGUCUGAACAGAACCGUCCUCCUGCUGGCCUGGGACGCCCCCCUCUCCAUCGCCCUGCUCUUCUUUCUGGCCUGCUGCCUCCUCAUGACCUCCAGCUCUGCAGUAAUCCUGCUGCUCAACCUGAACACACCUGUAGCCAAAUCCGCCGGGGGUCGCACCUGCCUGCUGAUGCUGGCAGCCCUGACCGUCGCCGCCAUGAGCUCUUUGUGCCAUUUUGGCGAGCCGUCCCCUCUGGCCUGCAUCCUCAAGCAGCCUCUAUUCAUCUUCAGCUUCACUGUGUGCCUGGCCAGCAUCACUGUGCGCUCCCUUCAGGUCGUCUGCAUUUUUAAAUUUGCAUCCAAGCUGCCGCCGGCCUACGACAAGUGGGCCAAAAAACACGGGCCGGAGUUCACCAUUUUCCUGGUGUCUUUCAUCAUCCUGGUCUUCUCUGUGCUCCGUGUGGCCGUCAACACUCCCCGGCCUUCCCAGGAUCUGAAGUUCUACCCAGACAGCAUUGUGCUGGAGUGCAGCAACACGCUCUCACCCGGAGCUGGAGUGGAGCUCGGUUACGUAUCGCUACUCAGCGUCCUCUGCUUCUCUUUCAGCUACAUGGGCAAAGACCUGCCGGCCAACUACAACGAGGCCAAGUGUGUCACCUUCAGCCUCAUGGUGUACAUGAUGUCCUGGAUGAGCUUCUUCACGCUCUACCUCAUCAGCAGAGGCCCGUUCACCAUGGCGGCCUACGUGUUCGCCACACUCUUCAGCGUUCUGGCCUUCUUCGCAGGAUACUUCCUUCCCAAGAUUUAUAUUAUUGUUAUGAAGCCGCAAAUGAACACAACUGCACAUUUCCAGAACUGCAUCCAAAUGUACACCAUGACCAAGCAAUGA